AUGACCAAGCCUGGACGGCGAAAACUUGAUAAGCAAACAUGGCCGUGGACGGACCAUGCCAGAGACAAAUUUCGUGAGAAGAAAAGGCAGUACCACGCAUUUCUUAUCGAAAAGACGGUUGGCAACUGGCAGCGCUAUCAGAUAGCGAAGAAAGAGGCGAAGAAGGCCAUUGCUUCUGAGAGGGCAGCUCACUAUGCCGAUCUUAAUAAGAAACACGAGUCUCGUGAUGAUGAGCGGUACGUUUACCGACUCUCAAAGACCCGCAUCCACCAGGCCGAGGACAUAGAAAAGUCCUUCGGUAUAAAUGACGAAAACGGUCAUCUCUUGACAGACCCCACGCAAACAAUGAAACGAUGGAGUGAGUACUUCGGAAACAUCUCAACUGUCGAAUGUACUCAUCCCGCCAUCCCCUGCGCUCCGCCAGUACACGUUCCCGUUUGGAAGGUAACCGUGAAUAAGACCAUUACGGCUUGA